CUGCCAUCAUACAUAUCAGUUAUCACAUUUCUCUUUCAAUGUUGUUCUCUCUACAGAAGGGGGAAUGGCAUUCCAGUUGGUUCUUAGACCUCCAUUACUAGGUCGCCAUCUUAUCAAAGCUACUCCGCUUGUUGCCACUGGAUAUAGCACCUUACGUAUUCGGAAUUGCCUCACUAUGGACCCUCACAAAUCUCAAAAGUUAGUGCUGGAUGUAAAGGAGAGACUUGAAAGGGAAUAUACAGAUCUCCCAGUAGGAAGAAAUGGAAGAGAUGAUGAGGAGAUGAUUCUGUGGUUCCUGAAGGAUCGAAAAUUCUCAGUUGAUGAUGCUGUUUCUAAGCUGCAUAAAGCCAUUAGAUGGCGUCAUGAAUUUGGUGUAUCAGACUUGUCAGAAGAAUCAGUUAAAAGUAGUGCUGAAACUGGAAAAGCUUAUGUGCAUGACAAUUUUGAUGUCAACGGAAGACCAGUCUUGAUAGUGGACGCAUCAAAGCAUUUUCCUCAGAAGCAGGAUCCUGAUGAAGAUGAGAAGUUAUGCGUCUUUCUAAUUGAGAAGGCAUUGAGCAGACUUCCCGCUGGCAAACAAGAUAUACUUGGUAUAUUUGAUCUGAGAGGGUUUGGAACAGAGAAUGCAGAUCUUAAGUUCCUUACUUUUUUGUUUGAUGUGUUCUACUACUAUUAUCCAAGACGAUUGAGUCAGGUUCUUUUUGUUGACGCUCCUUUUGUGUUCAAACCACUAUGGCAGCUUGUCAAACCCAUGCUCAAGCAAUACUCGUCAUUGGUGAGAUUUUGCUCGGCGAAGGAGGUCAGGGAGGAGUAUUUUACAGAGGACACACUCCCAGCUAGCUUUAGAAAAUGAAGACAAGGAGCACUUGUUACACCAAUGCUUUGAUAUACGGGGAAAAAUAGAAACGACUGGUACAUGAUACAUAGAAGCUUUGACGAAGAUAACAUUGACAAGCUCAAUGUUGGAAAGGGCUAAUGAAAUCGUAUUCUAGACGUUUCAAAUUUGCAUGAACGGGAGACAAUCUUUCCUAAAGCCCUGUGUUAGAGUUAGGAUCAACUACAACAUCAAUGAUGUAUCAAAAAAAGCUCAUACAAUGUAUACUUGGUUUUGAUUCAUAUACAAUAAAAAGUUACUGUGA